UUCCCGAUUUUCGUCGUGUUGGUGACGCGACCACUAAAAUUGGUCUUUUAGGUCGUUUUUGGUCGUGAAUUUGGGUUUGCAAAGGUGCCCUAGGGAAACUAUCAUCACUGACGAUGGUUUGUAAGGGUUGAGAAAGGUUGUUUGAUGGAAAAACACCAAAAUGCAUCGCAACCAGCGUGAGUGCCCCGAACAAGUGCGCGUGCCGGAAUGAGUUCCGGAAUCGAACAAUUUUCAAUGUCGCAUCAAUAUUUUGCCAGAUCCCUCGGGAAGCUGUUAAAAACAUGGCCGCUUCACCGUUGUCUUGUCACACUACCGCCUACUAGAUUGGGAGCAGAAGCGUGGGCCAGUGACGAACGAACGUGGGACGGUGAGGGUGGAGGAAGCUUCCAGAACAUCGGCGGUCCAGUGUUGCCAGCUUCACCGCAGUAGGCGCUGCCAACACGGCACUCAUCCAACCGCACAGUUGACAGAUGGGUGACAAGCGCGGGGUACGUCAUCCUAGCAGGCUUCGCUGCUGGUGCAUCAAACAAACACACCUUGAACUUUGCUGCGGUGGAAAAAUCGCCCCAGUGUUGCCAACCGAAAGGAAAACCGAACCCAUGCGCGUGUCAGUGUGUGUGUGUUUGCGUGCAAAUUUCGGUUUCGUUUAUUUCGCUUUCUUUUUUAUUAUGAUAUCGCGGCGCGCGGUGGCCCGCGAUGAUGAUUGCGAACUUGAACUUGAACGCAGCAGCGCCGCGAAUGGCGAAUUGCGCUACUAACACGUGAGUGGGGUAAGUAACAACACAUAAUCGUGAUGGAACUUUUGAGCGUGUAUGGGUGAGGGUGGUGAGAGAGCGAGUGAGCGAGAGCUUGGAGGGAACUCAGAAAGGUGAGCGGAGCUUUGAAGGUGUUGAGGUAAUAAAUAACAAAACAAAAAUAUUGGGUGGAUUUUUCGCCCACUUGCAUACCUUUAGAGGAUGUGGGUGAAGGGUUUGUUUGUGUGUGUUUGCAGUAAUUGAGCAAUUUUGCUGCAAAAUUUCAGUGAUGUUUCAGCAUGUUUUGGAUUGAAGGCAUAAAAUAGAAUUCUAGAUUAAAUUUUCAAAAGGUCAUAUCUGCAUAGGAAACCCAUAG